CUGCAUUCACUAUAUCCGCUCUCGCCGGACCCUGCAUUCACUAUAUCUGGUCUCCCCAGACCCUGCAUUCACUAUAUCCGCUCUCCCCGGACCCUGCAUUCACUAUAUCCGCUCUCCCCAGACCCUGCAUUCACUAUAUCCGCUCUCCCCGGACCCUGCAUUCACUAUAUCUGGUCUCCCCAGACCCCGCAUUCACUAUAUCCGCUCUCCCCGGACCCCGCAUUCACUAUAUCCGCUCUCCCCGGACCCCGCAUUCACUAUAUCCGCUCUCCCCGGACCCCGCAUUCACUAUAUCCGCUCUCCCCGGACCCCGCAUUCACUAUAUCCGCUCUCCCCGGACCCCGCAUUCACUAUAUCCAGUCUCCCCGGACCCUGCAUUCACUAUAUCCGCUCUCCCCGGACCCCGCAUUCACUAUAUCCGCUCUCCCCCGGACCCCGCAUUCACUAUAUCCGCUCUCCCCGGACCCCGCAUUCACUAUAUCCGCUCUCCCCAGACCCCGCAUUCACUAUAUCUGCUCUCCCCGGGCCCCGCAUUCACUAUAUCCGCUCUCCCCGGACCCCGCAUUCACUAAAAUCCGCUCUCCCCGGACCCCGCAUUCACUAUAUCCGCUCUCCCCGGACCCCGCAUUCACUAUAUCUAUCCGCUCCGCCCCAGACCCUGCAUUCACUAUAUCCGCUCUCUCCGAACCCCGCAUUCACUAUAUC